GCUCCUCCUGGCGCGGACUAUGUGCGCCUCGCCUUCCAGGCAGAUUGGGGCUGGAGCCCGGCGGGGAGCGGCAGGUUUCUUUCUGAUCAGGCGGACAGAUCAGCAUAGAGUGCAAGGAUGAAUGUUCAUCGUGGCAGUGAGAGUGACAGGUUAUUGCUGCAGGAGGCCAGCUGCCUAAUGGAUGAAACCUCGGCUUCAGCCCAAGAAAAAGAAACUAGUAGCCUGACUUCUUCUGGUCUUCAAAAUCUUGCUUAUCCGCUCACUCCCAGGAGUGAUGACGUUUCAUUGGACUAUGCCUCUCAGCCAGCAAGUCUCCAAUUCCCUCACAUAAUGCCACUUCCUGAAGACAGCAAAGGCUCUUGCUUCCUAAGUGGGAAUAAACAGAGCUAUGAACCUUUUAUUGCUCCAGAACGAUUUGGAAACAGCACUAUGGGCUUUGGCAGUAACGUUCAUUCCCAGGCACCAGAGAAAGUGACACUUCUCGUAGACGGCACACGUUUUGUGGUGAAUCCACAAAUUUUCACUGCUCACCUGGAUACCAUGUUGGGAAGGAUGUUUGGACCAGGAAGAGAGUACAACUUCACACGGCCCAACGAGAAGGGGGAGUAUGAGAUUGCCGAAGAAAUCAGUGCAACUGUCUUUUGAACGGUGCUGGAUUAUUACAAAACUGGUAUCAUCAAGUGUCCUGAUGGCAUCUCUAUCCCAGACCUUAGAGAUACCUGUGAUUAUCUCUGUAUUAACUUUGUCAACAUUAUCCGAUGUCAAGAUCUGAGUGCUUUAUUGCAUGAACUGUCUAAUGACGGUGCUCAGCAGUUUGAUCACUACCUCGAAGAACUGAUCCUGCCCAUCAUGGUGGGCUGUGCCAAGAAAGGGGAGCGAGAGUGCCACAUUGUUGUGCUGAUCGAUGAGGAUUCUGUGGACUGGGAUGAAGACUACCCCCCACCCAUGGGAGAGGAAUAUUUCCAAAUUCUUUAUAGUUCCAAGCUCUACAGAUUCUUCAAGUAUAUUGAGAAUCGGGAUGUUGCUAAAACAGUGUUAAAGGAACAGGGCCUGAAAAACAUUCGCAUUGGAAUUGAAGGUUACCCUACCUGUAAAGAAAAAAUUAAGAGAAGACCUGGUGGCCGAUCUGAAGUCAUCUAUAAUUAUGUGCAGCGCCCUUUUAUCCAGAUGUCAUGGGAAAAGGAAGAAGGAAAGAGUCGCCAUGUGGACUUCCAAUGUGUUCAGAGCAAAUCCCUCACUAAUCUGGUAGCUGCUGGAGAAGAUGUCUUGGAGGACCAGGAGAUAUUGAUGCAUCACCUGCCCCAAGUGGAUGAACUUGACCGACUAAAUGCCCCACUUUCUCAGAUGGCUUCUAAUGACUUUCAGGAUUAGGGCCAGCUAUGGGUCCAGCGUUGUGAAGCGUUUGUCUGGGCUGCCAAAAGCCAGUUCUCCCCAUCCUUUCCCUUUCUCCCAUAAUUAACGUGCGUCCUUUCAGUAUAUCUGCACCUCCGCCGGGGAUAAGAAAGCACUCACUGGUAAUGAAGCUCCCAGCUUUGCAGCAGCCCUGGUAACUUGGAAUUUUAGGUCUGGUGCUGUUCACUGAGCCUUUGCAUAACUGCAAAGCAGAAAAGCAAGUCAAGACUCCUGUUGCCUCAUUCGGCAAAGCAGUGCUGAUGCUUUAUGCUGUGUCUUGGCUUUUGUGUGUUUUGUUUUAUACCAGGCACAUCACUUAGCAGAGAAGGGACCAAACUUAAAGGAGACAGUCUCUAUCUUCUGCAAAUAGCACUAAUGGCAUACUCAUUAGAGGUUGAUGAAGAUGCCAUUCCUAGUGGCAUCUGUGCCCAGAUUGCAUCAGGGAAGAAUGAGGCUCGUAUUCAAAGUGUCUAAAAGGAAAUUCUUAGGC